CCUGUUUCCGUCCUUGCAGCUGCUUAUCUUGUGAGCCAUGCUGCCCCGCAAUGCCAAAGUCAGUCGCUUUGCCUUGGCGCUGGCAGCCACCACAACGGCUGGUUCAGAGUUGAGCUGUCAUACUGCCACGCUGUUAGUAGGCUGUCGUGAAUAGUGCUCGUACGUCAUUCCUUCGCAGGCCUUCUCCUCUUUGCGCACUUCACUGUCACGAUCAGCAGUGCCUGAGGACUUUGAACAGACACCUGAGUACAAGGCAUUUGCAAGGCAACACAUGGUUGAUGAAGAGGAGCUUUUGCGUCAAAGCUCCUUUCCGAUCCCGCCCAAGGAGCUCCUACAGCUCACCAAAAAGUUCCUGGUCUCAGAGGCGCCGGAGAAGAUCUUUUCUGGGGACGGCACCUUGCUGGCGGAGAACUUUCGUUUUGUGGGGCCAUACAUCGGGCCGUUGGACAAGAAGGCAUUUUAUGGACAGCGCGAUGCCAUCGAUUUCUUCCAAUCUUUCCCUGAUGCCUCUGCACAGUUCCACAACUUCAGGGUCGACCCCUUCCAACCCAACCGUGUGUGGUGGACCGUGCGUGGAAAUGGCACCCACACAGGGCGAGCUUUACCAGGCUCAGAUGCCGAACUGGUCUUUGGAGAGCCCACAGGCCUUCAAUUUGAAAACCCUCCGCAAGCUUGCAGUUUAACCUUCAACGACAAGGGCCAGGUGACAAAGUUCACCAUUGGAUAUGUGAUGGAUCGGAUGGUGGGCAACACUGGCGGAAUGGGUGGCUUCUUUGGCGUUUUGUGGAGGAUUGGCAAAGGUUUCCCCUUCUCAGAGGGGCAGCCCUACGCGCCGUCCACGGGAUAUUGGCUUUUUGCGCAGGUCAAUCGACUGUUUGCUCAGCUGCGCAUCCUGCUCGCAAAGGACGAGGCAGAAAAACGGCGCCUGAAAGAAGCGAUGAUUGACGUGCCCGCCGGAAACUUGGAGGUCUCCUGAUUAGGCCAGAAGCGUGGAGCUCCAAGAAGGAGUGCGCUCAUUCGGCUUCCUGCUGCUCAGCCUGUUCAGCCUAUUUUGGCCUCAGCCUGAUCCAGAGAAAAACAUGUACCCAUACUCCUCAAGCUCUCCUGCUCUCAAUCAUUCGAGACAUCAUCGAAUCACUCACGAAAGCUUUCCGUGGCAGGCAUACUUGACAUGUUCGAGGUGCUUUGCUAUGGGGGAUCUUUCGUUACCGCGAGAUUUGUGCUUUCAGCAGGAACUGGGAUAAAUGUCAC